CUAAAUUAAAAACAUAAAUAUAAUUUUUAUAAUAAAACGUAAAAAAAAUAAUUUCAUUUUGUCAGCAUUCAUUAUUAAAAAUAAUUUUGUAUAAAUGUCAACAAAUGCUUCUAAAUAUAGAUGGAUAUUUUAAAAAAAUUGUUUGAAAAGACAAAAUAAGAGAGAGAGGGGCAAAUUGUGUUUAAAAAAUAUGUCAGGGAACAUUUAUUUCAAGUAGGGAAAAAAAAUAUUUUUUAAAACUAUUCUUUUGUUUAAAGUUAAAUAAACUAUUAUUACACUCCAUAAUGGAAGCUCGUAUGGCGAAUGUACAAUUAAUUGUAUAUAGUACUUGGACUCCAAUAUAUACUGAAGAUGUCUAGAUAGCUUUUGAAUGAUGUCUACUUUUUUAAAACUAUGGAAUGUCGUUAGGCUUACCAUUUUAUUUGUUGGAAAUGUUGGUUUACUGUUGGUGUACUGUUCAUUUAUUCUAUAUUUGACAGUAGUUCUAACAUGUCCUGUCGCUGAAGAAGGGAAACCUUACAAUCUGUCUCAUACUUGGACGUACAACGAAAACUAUCCACUGGAAAUUGCGUGGAAGGAAAAGAAGAAUGUGGUAGCCAAAUGUUCCUUAGAAAAAGGUUGUACAGAUUAUGAGAAGAGUGAUGUGAAGAGUUCUUUAAAGCGUCUGGAAAACAGCAGAUUUAUUUCCUCUCUCUUGAUCUAUAAAGUGGAGAGGAGACACUUGUAUACCAACUGGACACUCAUUUAUCUAGGUCACAUGGCGUUAUUGACUCAAGCUCUUCAAACUUGUAACAUGACCGUAUUCGCUCGAGCUGAUCAAUUACAAUGCAGCAAGCUCGCGAAUGAUAUUGACGUUUUGAUUACCUGCAGAGCAAGUCGAAUUUUUCCAGAAGGUACUUGUAAAAUCAUAGUCUUCGAUAAUGAGGUAAUAACCAUGAUUAACAUUAUUCUGAAGAAAAAACAACUCCUGUGAUCUACUUAUUCUACUAGUUAAAAGACAUAACUUAACUUCUUUUUUCUAAAAUUCGCGUAUCUAUUUCUAUGACCUAUGGCCAACGAGGGUGCCAUGUGGUCAGAACAAGGACCAACAGCUUUUACCCUCCCUACGUAAAUCAGGCCUAUGUUAGAGUUGAGCGGACUCAUCGUGUACUAAUAACUCAAAAUCACAGUCUUUAUUUAUUUACUUUGGAUUCGAACUUGAAACCCGUUGGUUCGAAAGCCCAGCGCUUUAUCUUUCACCGACCACUCCCCAUAGAAACAAAAGAGCUAUACACCAACAGUCCCAUA